GAUAGGCGGUCCUGGCAGUGGCAAGGGCACUCAAUGUCCCCUGAUCGUCAAACAGUUUGGGUUUACUCAUCUUAGUGCUGGUGAUCUUCUACAGGCUGAAAUUGAGUCAGGAUCAGAAAAUGGACUAUAAGAAGGAAGGAAAAAUUGUUCCCUCUGAGGUAACAGUCAAGCUGCUGCAACAGGCAAUGCAGGGAAGCACAAACAACAAAUUUCUCAUUGAUGGCUUUCCUCGCAAUGAAGAAAACCGCACUGCAUUUGAAAAUAUUAUGAAAGUGGAACCUGAUUUUGUAUUAUUUUUUUAUUGUUCACAAGAGGAGCUGACGAGACGUAUUUUGAAUAGAAAUCAGGGAAGAGUUGAUGAUAAUAUACAAGCCAUACCAAAACGUUUUCAAGUUUAUUUUGAAUCCACUCUCCCUGUAAUUGAUUAUUACAGUUCCAAGAGAAAGGUUCAGAAGAUUGAUGCUGAAAGGUCUAUUGAAGAGGUGUUUGAAGCAGUCAAGAGUAUCUUCCUCAAUUUCAGUGGAGGAUCUGGGGAGGGAAAUUGAUCUUUCCAGUCAAUCUUAAAUGGAAUGUACUACUUUUACUUCCAUGCUCCAUUAUUUUACAAUAUAGUACAUAUUAUGAACUAGGAAAGUAAAUGGAAUGAACAAAUUAUACUUC